AUGGCAGUACUGAAUCCUAAUGCAGAAGUGUUUAAACCAACUAAUAAAGAAAAUGAAGUAGUCCCUUUUCUCCCACAAGGCAAUGAACUUGUUGUGUAUCAGCCACCAUUACUGCCAUUUCAUGUUUCACAGCCUCAAUAUCAUCACUUAGGAUAUUUCUACUACUAUCAACAAAAUGUUCCCUUUUAUUGGAUUCACAGAGAUCGUUAUCAUCAACUUGAAAAAACACCUCAAAAUCAGUCAUUUCUUGCAAAAGGUGAGAUCUUUAGUGAUGGGGUGAAGAAGAAUUGUAUGUGGGUUGAGAAAACACAUCAAGAUCAGUCUUUUGUUGGUAAAGAUGAAAUAUUUAGUGUUGGGAUGAAGAAAAAUUGGAAAAAUAAGAAACCCCUUUUGCCACCUAGGUUGAUGAGAGCUGGUGAAAGUGGUUGGAAGCCAAAAGGGUUUUUUAUGAGGAAGCCACAGCAAGAAACUGGUUCUUCUAUCUCUCCAUGCAAAUCUUCUGCUACUUUUUUCAGUAGGAACAAAACUACUGUUAUGAUAAGAAACAUACCCAAUCAGUUCAGGAGAGAGCCUUUCAUGCUUUUUGUUGAUCAUUACUGCAAUGUGAAUCAUUGGGAGUAUGAUUUCCUUUAUCUGCCAAUGGAUUUUAGGACCAAGAACAAUGUAGGCUAUGCUUUUGUCAAUUUCACGUCGGGUUGUGCUGCUUCAGAGAUUAGGAAAGUUCUCAGGUACUUCAAAUGGAAUAGUGUCGAGACUCCCACGGGCUUUUACUCAUCAAGGAAGAUUUGUGUAGUUUCUUGGGCUCGUAUUCAGGGCAAGGAUCAAUUGGUGAAGCAUUUUUCGCAGUCUAAGUUUAUAUGUGACACUGAUGAAUAUCUUCCAGUUGUUUUCUCCCCUCCGAGGAACGGGUCAUCUAGGUUGACAGCUCCAAUGAUUAUUGGCAAUCUGGCUGCAGUUCCGUCAGUUAAUUCAUCCAGUGACACGACUAAUUAG